AUGAGAAAGGAGGUUAGAUGGAAACAUCCAAAGCCGGGUUGGGUUAAAAUGAAUUUCGAUGGUGCAGCGAGGGGCAACCCGGGGGAUUCUGGAUUUGGUUGCCUGAUUAGGAACGAAUCUGGAGAAUGUAAAUGGGGCAUGUUUGGGGCAUUGGGCCCCUUAACUAACAAUCUUGCAGAGGCAGAGGCAGAGGCCAUGAUAAGAGGGAUUCAGUUAUGCGUAUCUAAAGGGGAAGGGAGCAAAUCGACAGAUAAAGGAAUCACAUGUGAGUCCGGAUCUGUCACCUUUGAAGAGACUAAAAUAACAGAUUUACAGAGGGAGAUUGCCGAAGUUGAGGGAGGUUUGGUUACCAAUAUCUCUAGACAGGGAGUGGGAUGA